GCUGGGAGGACCGCCUUGUACGCAUGCGCAGUAGGGGAAAAACAGGCCUAGUUCUCACCGGAGCCCUUUUAGAGUUGCAGCCAUGUCGAUUUUCACUCCGACGAACCAGAUUCGGCUGACGAACGUGGCGGUGGUGCGGACGAAGCGGGCCGGGAAGCGCUUCGAGAUCGCUUGCUAUCGGAACAAGGUCCUCGGCUGGCGGAGCGGAGCGGAAAAGGACCUGGAAGAGGUGCUGCAGACGCACACGGUGUUUGUCAACGUCUCCAAGGGGCAGGUGGCCAAGAAGGAGGACCUCCUCAAAGCUUUUGGGACAGAGGACCAGACAGAAAUAUGCAAGCAGAUCCUGUCCAAAGGGGAGCUGCAGGUGUCGGACCGGGAGCGCCACGUGCAGCUGGAGCAGAUGUUCCGGGACAUUGCCACCAUCGUGGCCGAGAAGUGCGUGGACCCUGAGACCAAGCGGCCCUACACUGCCGGCCUCAUCGAGAAGGCCAUGCGUGAUGCACACUACUCCGUCCGACCUGGGAAGAGCACCAAGCAGCAGGCCUUGGAGGUGAUCCAGCUGUUGAAAGGGACGAUGCGCAUUGACCGAGCCCAGAUGCGGCUGCGCUUCCUGCUUCCCGCAAAAGAAGGGCGGCGCCUUAAAGAGAAGCUCCGUCCCCUGAUCAAGGCCAUCGAGAGUGAGGACUUUGGGCAGCAGUUGGAGAUCGUCUGCCUGGUGGACCCGGGCUGCUUUCGGGAGCUGGAUGAGCUGUUGCGCCGUGAGACGAAGGGCCAGGGGACGCUGGAGGUGCUCAGCCUCAAGGAUGUGGAGGAAGGCGACGAGGCCCUUUAAGAGGACGGACCCCAUCAGCAACGUAUGGGAGCCCAUUAAAAGGAAUCAGAAUGUAAUGCACUCUUAUGGGGCUGGGCUGGGUUGGGGUUUGCCUCUGGGAAGGAAGGGCCAAGGAGGAGUGUCCGGAAGCGGAGGAAACCUAUAAAGCCCUAUAGCAGUGGUUCUCAACCUGUGGGUCCCCAGAUGUUUUGGCCUUCAACUCCCAUAAAUCCUAACAGCUGGCAAAAUGUCUGGGAUUUCUGGGAGUUGUAGACCAAAGCACCUGGGGACCCACAGGUUGAGAACCGCUGCCCUAUAGGGAUGAAAGCAUCUAGAAAACCCUAAGAGCCCAAUGUCUGUAUAUAUAUAUAUAGAGAGAGAGGGAAAAAGACAUAUAGACACUGGAAUAUUAUAUACAAUGUAUAUAUAAAUAAUAAUAAUAAUCUUUAUUUAUACCCCGCCACCCUCUCUCCAAUGGGGACUCAGAGCGGCUUACAUGAGGCCAAGCCCAAACAACAAAAUUACAAUAAAAUAAGACCGAAAACGCAAACAAAGCACAACAUCAUAAUUACAUAAAACAUGUGAAUAAGUAACGAUAUAAAAUUACAAUAACACAAUCACAAUGACAGUGGGUGGGUUACAUGUAAUAUAUAUACAGUAUAUAUAUAGAGAGAGGGGGGGAGAUACAUAUUGCACAUACAUAUAUAUAUAUAUAUACACACACACACACACACACACAUACACAUAUAUAGAGGAGGGGUCAGUGCGUUAAGAGUCCAAUGUCAUAUAUAUACAUACAUACAUACACACACACACACACAUCUCACCCUUCAGGGUGAGAAGGGCGGUAUACAAAUGUCAUAAAUAAAAUAAAUAUCUGUAUGUGUGUGUGUAUAAACAUAUAGGCAUAUAAACUUUUGGCUAAGGCUUUGAACCUUUUAAAGCCCUAUUGGGACGAAAACCUAUAUAAAGCCCUAAGAGUUCAGUGUCUGUCUGUGUAUCUCUCUAUCUAUCUAUGGUGAGAGAUAUGCAGACACAGUAUAAAUGUAUGUGUAUACAUAUACAUACACACAUACAUAUAUCUGGCUCUUACGGCUUUGAGCCUGUCCUUAAAUGGAAGUCUUCAAUAGGAUAAAACCUAUAAGGCCUUUUGGGGAUGAAAGCAUCUACAAAGACCUAAAUCAAAUGCAUAUAUAUUAUAUCUGUGUGUGUGUGUAUCUCACAUUGUACUCUUGGGGCAUUGAUCCCCUUCUUCUAAAGCCUUGAAAUUUGCUCCCUGUUUAAUGGGACAUUAAUUACAUGAUUAUUAUUUAGUUGGCUUUUCAUAGGAACGUUUUUGGGGGAAUGAGAGCAAAGAGUGCGAUGCCACAGCGGCAAAGCCCAUGGUGAUCCAAAGGAAAUAAAAAAACAAAAGGGUUUGCAUUUCCAAAGCACAAGAAAGGGAUUGUUUUUGGUGGGGGUUCCUGCUUAUUUUUUUUAAUUUGUCUGAAUAUUAGAUUCAAAGACACUAAGAUAAUAUAAAUAUAUAGGUAUAAAGGUAUAAAUCUAUGUUUCCUUUGCUGGUUUUGUACGGAUGAAAUGCCAUAAACAAAUCUUAAUUGGGA